AUGGAGGUAUUUGGACGAAAGAAAAGAAAGAUACAGCAAAUGUCUGUGAUGUAUCUGGUGGUGAUAGGGAUUUUAAUUGUUACUCAAUGUCAGGCAAGAUACCCAGGAGUUUCUUCUUUGAGUUCAGAAAUAAUCAAAGAAAUUGAUACUGCUUCAAAAAGUGAGUCAAUGGUUAAGAGACUUUUGAGCAUGAAGUCAGAAGUAGAGAAAAUUAGGACAUCCAAUCAGAUUAACGAAAGACCAGUUAUUGGUAUUUUCUCUCAACCUUACAAUGAGACUAAUGACUACAUCAUGGCAUCUUAUGUUAAGUUUGUUGAGUCUGCUGGAGCAAGAGUAGUUCCUAUUAUCUGGAGAGAUUCUGAUGAAAAAGUCUUAAAUUUAGUUCCAAAACUUAAUGGUGCUCUAUUCCCUGGAGGUGCAACUGCUCUGAAGAAUGAAGAUGGAUCUCUCACUGAGCAUGCUAGGAAAAUUGAAAUUGUGCUGAAUAAAAUCAAGGAAUUGAACGACCAAGGCAUUUAUUAUCCAAUCUUGUCUAUUUGCAUGGGAUUCCAGGAAAUUUCUCAAAGUGAAGCUCCAUAUAGGGACACUGUAGAGUUAUAUAAAUUUGAUGCUAAUGAUGUUGCGAAUAACAUUACAUUAAGAUAUUCGAUUGUGGAUUCUAAACUGUUUAAUCAAAUGCCUCAACACUUGAUCAAUGCUCUUCAGAAUGAGAACAUCACCUACAAUCAUCACCAUGAUGGAAUAUACCCAUCUAUUUGGGAUAAGUACCCAGCACUUGGAGGAGGAUAUCAUCUUCUCGGAACCUCCUACGAUGAAAAGGGUGUUGAAUAUGUUGCCUUUAUUGAGAACAAGAAGUAUCCAAUUUGGGGUUUACAGUUCCAUCCUGAAAAGAACAUCUUCACUUGGAAGACAGACAUGAAAGUUCCACAUUCUCAAGUAUCAAUUGAAUUCAGCCAAUUUUUGGCCAACUUCUUCGUAAAAGAGUCAAAGAAGAAUUUCAACAGGUUCGAUUCUGAAGAAGAAAUCUUCGACAAUAUGAUAGAACAUUUCCCAGUUGAUCUUCCUCAACUAAAAAGACAGGAUGUAUAUCUCUUCGCAGAUUCUGGCUAAACUCUUACUGCUUUUCACCA